AUGAAAUCGAUCGGAUACACCCCCGACUGCGGCAACUGCAACUACCUAAUUGUGACUCUUUCGAAAAUCGAUCAAUUUGGGGAAGUGGUGGAGGUAUUGAAAGUAAUGGGGGGGGCGGGAUGCGACAGCUACGGGGGAUUGAUUGUUGAGUUGAGCGAGGCGAGGAAGGUGGACGCCGUGGUGGAGGUGGUGAGGGAGAUGGUGUGUAAGGAGGGGGGUGAGGCCGAGGGAGGAGACGGUGGAGAAGGUGGUGGGGGCGAUGACGAGGGAUUGGGAGGCGGGCAGGGCGGCGGAGAUGGUGGAGAUGUUGGAGGGGGAGGGAUUUGGGGUGUGUGA